GUGGCAGAGCGAGCUAGCGAGCACAAUCACGGCUCUCGGCACAGGGGGAGCCCGACCUCGAGCCGGCUCGUGCUUAAUCAGUGCUGCCUUCCUCCAGCCCAUGCCUGCAUUAGUCCCCUGAAGUUUUGCAGCCGCCGAGGAGCCCGGAGGUGGCCGAAGCGUCAAAAGAAGAAGGGGCAAGAGGGGAGGGGGCCGCGGAGAAGCCCACCCCUCCCGCACACGCUGAGCAAUAAAGCAAAGGAAAAGAAAGGAGCCGGGGAGGGGGGAAAGGCGGAAAUAUGGCUGGGGCAAUUAUAGAGAACAUGAGCACGAAGAAGCUCUGCAUUGUCGGUGGGAUUUUGCUUAUUUUCCAAGUCAUCGCUUUCCUGGUGGGAGGCUUGAUCGCUCCUGGCCCCACGACAGCAGUGUCCUACAUGUCGGUGAAAUGUGUGGACUCGAAGAAAGUUCAUCACAAAUCCAAGUGGUUCAUGCCUUGGGGCCCCAACCACUGUGACAAGAUCCGAGACUUUGACGAGGCCCCUCCCAGGCAGAUCGAAGCCAACGACAUUGUGUUCGCCGUCCAUGUGCCGCUGCCCUCCAUGGAGAUGAGUCCCUGGUUCCAGUUCAUGCUCUUCAUUCUCCAGCUGGAUAUCGCCUUCAAGCUGAACAACCAGAUCAAAGAGAACGCAGAAGUCUCCCUUGACGUCUCCUUGGCUUAUCGCGAUGACUUGUUCACCGAAUGGACAGAAAUGACCCACGAGAGAGUGCCCCGGAAACUCAAAUGCACCUUCACUUCUCCCAAGAUUCCAGAACACGAGGGCCGUUACUACGAAUGUGACGUUCUCCCUUUCAUGGAAAUCGGGACCGUGGCUCACAAGUACUAUCUCUUCAAUAUCCGGCUGCCGGUGAAUGAAAAGAAGAAAAUCAAUGUCGGCAUUGGGGAGAUCAAGGACAUCCGCUUGGUGGGAAUCCAUCAAAACGGAGGCUUCACCAAGGUGUGGUUUGCCAUGAAAACCUUCCUGACGCCCAGCAUCUUCAUCAUCAUGGUGUGGUACUGGCGACGGAUCACCAUGAUGACGCGCCCUCCCGUCCUACUGGAGAAAGUCAUCUUUGCCCUGGGGAUCUCCAUGACUUUCAUCAACCUCCCAGUGGAGUGGUUUUCCAUUGGCUUCGACUGGACCUGGAUGCUGCUCUUUGGGGACAUCAGACAAGGGAUUUUCUACGCCAUGCUCCUCUCCUUCUGGAUUAUCUUCUGUGGUGAGCACAUGAUGGAUCAAAAUGAACGAAAUCGUAUUUCUGGCUACUGGAAACAGGUCGGGCCCAUCGCCGUCGGCUCCUUUUGCCUCUUCAUAUUUGACAUGUGUGAGAGAGGGGUGCAGUUGACAAACCCUUUCUACAGCAUCUGGACCACAGAUAUUGGCACCGAGCUGGCCAUGGCCUUCAUCAUCGUCGCUGGGAUCUGCCUCUGCCUCUACUUCUUGUUUCUGUGUUUCAUGGUCUUCCAGGUGUUCCGGAACAUCAGCGGGAAACAGUCGAGCCUGCCUGCGAUGAGCAAGGUUCGCCGGCUACACUAUGAGGGCCUGAUUUUCCGGUUCAAAUUCCUCAUGCUCGUCACCUUGGCUUGCGCCGCCAUGACGAUCAUCUUCUUCAUCGUUAGCCAGGUGACCGAGGGCCACUGGAAAUGGGGCGGCAUCACGGUCCAGGUGAACAGCGCCUUUUUCACAGGCAUCUAUGGCAUGUGGAACCUCUACGUCUUUGCAUUGAUGUUCCUGUAUGCACCAUCUCACAAAAACUAUGGGGAUGACUCGUCCAAUGAGCCAAGACGUGAAAUCCCUUUCUUCCUGAUAUCGCCUGAUAACUCCCGGGUGCUUCAAGGUUUGUCAGGCGAUCUGGGCAUUCACAGCGCAGAAGAACUACAGCUCACGACAACCAUAACACACGUGGACGGACCCACCGAAGUCUACAAGUUGACUCGCAAAGAGGCUCAGGAGUAGAGGUUCCGACAGGACAGACAGGAGAGGAUCCCGCCACGGGCAGGGAGCACAUUGGAGAGGGACGCAUUUACAAAAGCAGCCUGGCGCUUUUCCUCACGCAGGGUCUCUGGGCGUGGUGUCACCGACACUUGUAAACUUUCCUUCGCAUGGUAGCUGGGGGGUGGGGGGGCAGGAAGGCAGAGCUCUAGUAUGACACAUUCUGUGACUGUGGAUGACUCGUCACAUGUGUAGUGGGUGGUUAGGAAACCUCACAUGUGGGGGCCGUUCUUGCUAGGGAACCGUCUGGACUAGAUGGGACUACGCCAAGUGGAUAUUUGAACCUUGUUUCUGUUCUAGGUAAUAGGAUGAUAUUAAAUAUCCUUUGAACUCCAUGCUAGGCUGAUUUCAUAGGCCUUUUACUCCUAGACCAAGACCAUGUUUGUUUUUCUAUUUAUAGCCUCAGUAGCCUGUUCAGUUAAUAUUUAUGUCGUCAAUAAAUCCGUGUCCCUCAUUGGGUAUAGCCUAGUGCAACGUAACACAUUGUGGAGAAAAUCCACAUCCACAAGGAGUGUUGCAGCUUUCAAACCAAAUCGUGUGUAUCCAGUACUAACCAGUCUUGUAUGGUGUAGAUAUUUUUUUAUUUUUGCUAAACUACUCAAGUAGAGUUUAUGGUAUUAAAUGGCCUUUGGGUCUGAAAAGUCA